AAGAAGAGGAAGAAGAAGAAGAAGAAGAAGAAGAAGAAGUUCUGCUUCGUUCAGCAGGGGGCGUUUGUCAUGUCUGACAACUUCCUUCAUCAGAUCAAGCAUGGCGGCGUACAAAAGAAAAUUGGUAGCUGCUGGACUGAGUUGGGCAGCUUCCUUGAUGAACAGGAGCGCCUGUCAGACCCGCCGUAGACUUGCUGUGCUGCCCACAAUCAUAAGGAAGAACUGGAUGACAUUGAGUGUCACAGGUGCUCUGUGUGCUGUUCCUUUCACCCAGAAACCAGAAUUUCUGUCCCAUAAAGACUUGGUACGAAGAGCAUCAUCUCUGGUCACGGACAGUGCUAAUACUUACCUUUCACAAACCACUUUAGCUCUGCUUGAUUCUCUUACAGGUUAUACUAAGGCUAUAAACAACCUUGUGACAUUGCACAAGCAAUACGUGGCGUCUAUCAGCAAACUUACUCCUGCAGAGGAGGAUGCUGUCUGGCAAGUCAUUCUUCUUCAACGUCAGGAGGUAAUUGAAAGGCAAAAGGAUUGCAAACGAUUUGAAUCUUGCUGGAUGACUGCCAUCAAUCUCUCAGAGUUGGCCGCAGAGGCAGCCUUCAAUGCGGGGGCUGACCAAGCUUCUGUGACAGCACAGAGCAGUCUACAGGUGGCACAGUCCCAAGUGGAACAUGUUCGGCAGCUAUCAAUAGAGGCUGAGAAAGCACUCAAAGACUCUAAAGCUGAAGAUAGUGAGAGGCUUCAAAAGGUCCUCAGCACUGCAAUGAAGGAGGAUGAAGACAUUCCAGAUGCAUAUCUACGAGAGGACUAGUUAGAUUAAGAACUUAUGCACAGUUGCUGUGUUUAAAUACACAUUUACAGUAUUGUGACCACUCCAACACCAAGACCUACACCACUACCAUCUGAAACACUGAAUCCUAACUUCAGUUAUUUAUUGUGUCCAACUUAUAGAAGUGGCUCUAGAAAAGUGCUGUGAAAUGUGCAUCUUAAGUGGCUACAAGAAUUAAAAUCCAAACUAAAGGGUGUGAAAAGGGGAGAUGAUAAGUAAAGAAUUUGGCGACUUCCAACAUCAGGUGCUUUAGUUUGUAAUGUAUUUUGAAAAGAAAUAGUUUUAUAAAUUUGCUGAAUUCUCUGAUUUUGUGCAUUAUUGUAAGCUCAAUAUACUUAAUGAGACUAUAAUAAUUACAGAUAGACACAAGCCAACUGUGUUUUUUUGUUUUUUGUUUUUUGUUUUUAAAUGUAAGGGUUUCUGUUCCUUUUGGGUCUAUACUUACUAUGUAUGAUUUGCUUUUUAAGAUUAAUUUAUAUUGUUAAAUUCUGAAUGCAUGCCUUUCCUGUUUUGGUGGGAUAUGCUUUUAAGAUUAUGGAUUAAGAUUUUUUUAAAUUUAUGAUAGAUUACAAAACAAAACUUUGUAAUAAAUUUAAGCAAUGUUUAAUGCUAAAAAAUAUUUGUCUUCAUUUUCCAUGCCUUUGUUACAGUAUAUACUGUACAUUAGAGUCCAUCAGUAAAUUAUACUUUAAGUAAUCAAUAAAAAUGCAUUGUAAAGGC